ACUGGAUGCAUUCAUACAUGAUUACUGCAUUCAUACAUUACGAGGGGAUUGGAUGCUGUGGCGCUCUUAUAAUUGAAGGCGACGUCCCACAACUCCCUCCACCCAAUUCUUAAUCACACCAUCUCGACCCACUGAACUGAGACUCUGACACACACUCCCACGUGUACGCACUUGCACACGCACGCACUCACGCAUAGAGAUUCAAAACCCAGCAAGUAAGCACACGACUUACAUAUCACGAACAUCCUCAGGAACACACAACAAACAGACUUCGGAUCAGAAUCUUGAGCAGACAGAUUAAAGCGUCAACGUAAAUUUUUUCUCAGAAAAGUUUUUAAGCUUUUGUCCUGCGACUUGUGUUUUGGUGAUUUCACACAGUGCAAAACAAAAACCGACGCUGAGAAAGUAACAGCUUCCCAAAGAAAACGAUCGCAGUAAAAGAACAAAAAAAGGUUUGAGAAAAAAAAAAGAAAAAAAAAAACAACAAGGUUGGGUGGUAUUCCGGCCUGUUUUCUUGCAAGCGAGGCUGCAACAGGUCAUCAUCUGAUUUGCAGUAAAAUUGUUCGGUUCCCCUUCCCCCCCCCCCGCCCCCCCCCGCCCCAAAGGAGAAGACGGGGGCUUAAAGGUUGAGCAGCGAAGUAGUCCACGGCUGGAAGGACUAUCAAUGGAGGGUAGUAUAGGUAUAGCGAUGGCGUCUUGCUCAGCUAUGCAGUCUGCAGUGUUAGCCUCGGUAUCCUUUCCUCCAUCGCCUUCAUCAUGCUGCACGAACAUGGAGCCUUGUGGCGCCAAUGUGGCGUUCGCUAAGCCCAGCGAGCGCGGAGCUCACCUCACCUGGACAUCUCAUCACCACCUCCCCACCUCUGUUCGUUCCGGUACGUGCACACCUUUUCCAGUCACGUGCGUGAGGGAGGCUAGAAGAGGAGCGGGUGUGGGUGUGGGUGUUGGUCCAGCGACAAGUAUUUACGAAAAACGAUGGGUGAAGACGGCCGAUCAUCAUCUUGCGACAGAAGCUCGUCGGUCAGCCCGAACUUGGGCGGUGGAGGUGGAGGGAACUAUCUGCCGGAGACAAACACUAGCACCAUCUCCAGAGUGGGAGUCGGCGCAUUACCAACGAGUUGCAAGGCGGCGGACGCAACUGAAGGCGACGACAGGAAGAGGGGGAAGGGGAGCACUACGGGGCGAGGAAGAAGAAGAAGAAGAAGAAGAGGUUGAUAAGAAAAGUACAGGCGAUGAAGGAUCCGCAGAGCGAACAGAGGGGAGCGGAAAUGGAGCCAGCAAAGAUACGAAGGGCGCCGGCUUGUCUUGGAUCAGCCCUGAUUGGUUGACGUCUCUUGUUCGAGGGUGCAUGGGCGCGCUGCGCGGUCCCGACCAGUCUGGGAUCCCAGUGGCCAAUGCGAAAUUGGAUGACGUGCGAGACCUCCUGGGUGGCGCCCUUUUCCUUCCCCUUUUCAAAUGGAUGCUUGAAUCUGGUCCGGUUUAUCGUCUGGCGGCUGGGCCAAGAAACUUCGUUGUCAUAGGAGACCCUCAGGCCGCUAAGCACGUACUGCGCAAUUACGGAAAAUACAAGAAGGGUUUGGUGUCUGAGGUGGCAGAGUUCCUAUUCGGCUCGGGGUUUGCAAUAGCAGAAGGAGAGAUCUGGACGGUGAGGCGCAGAGCGGUGGCUCCUUCCUUGCACAAGAAAUACCUGGGGACUAUGGUGGACAGAGUAUUUGGGGCGUGCGCAGACCGACUGGUUCAGAAGCUGGACCAAGCAGCGCUGGAACGAAGAGCGGUGGAUGUGGAGUCCUGCUUCUCCCAACUCACUUUGGACGUCAUUGGGAAAGCCGUGUUCAACUUUGACUUUGACUCUUUGCAGCGAGACAGCCCUCUCAUUCAGGCUGUGUACACAGCUCUCAAGGAGACCGAGUCGCGGUCCACCGACAUCCUUCCCUACUGGCAAAUCCCCCUCCUGUGCCAAUUGGUCCCAAGGCAACGGGAGGCAGCCGCCGCGGUUGCACUUAUUCGUGCCACGGUGGAAGAGCUCAUUGCCAAAUGCAAAGCUAUGGUGGACAAGGAAGAACAAGAACAAGGACAAGGCAAUAACGUGGACGAAGAUUACGUCAAUGAGAGUGACCCGAGCGUGCUCCGGUUUCUGCUCCAGAGUCGCGAGGAGGUGUCAAGCCAGCAGCUCAGAGAUGACCUCCUCUCCAUGCUCGUCGCAGGCCACGAAACCACGGGCUCUGUCUUGACGUGGACCGUCUAUCUUCUCGUUAAGAACCCGACCACCAUGGCUAAGGUCAAGGAGGAACUAGAUAAGGUUCUUGGGGAUCGGCGAAAACCCAAUCUGGAGGACACUAAGGAUCUCAAGUACUUGAUAAGAUGCAUCAAUGAGUCCAUGAGGCUUUAUCCCCACCCCCCUAUCCUGAUCCGGCGGUCAAACGAGUCUGACGUUUUGCCAGGAGGUUACCGCGUGGGUGCAGGGCAAGACAUCAUGAUCUCCGUUUACAAUAUCCACCACUCCCCCCAGGUGUGGGACAAGCCAGAGGAGUUCAUCCCAGAGAGGUUUGACUUGGAUGGGCCGAUUCCGAAUGAAACGAACACAGAUUUCCGGUACAUCCCAUUUAGUGGGGGGCCUCGAAAGUGCAUAGGGGACCAGUUUGCGAUGCUAGAGGCCAUCGUCUCCCUGGCCAUCAUUUUCCAAAACUUUGACUUUGAGCUUGUGCCCAACCAAACCAUAGGCAUGACGACAGGAGCAACCAUCCACACAAGUACCGGACUUUACAUGACAAUGAAGAGGAGGGAAAGAGUAGCAGCAUCCGCCGCUUCAGAGUUUGUGCUUGUGUGACAUGAUGUGCAAGAGGAGAUAGGGGAGCAGCCUGUAGUAAUUUGCUUGAUUCGCAGUCCUCCAAACUUGACCACCAUAUUUAUUUCAAAUU